CACGAGAGAAUGUAGAGUAAUAGAGAUUCUACUUUAUUAUCGGACCUCUCCACACUGCGAAAUUUUAUGGAAAGAUGCAAACUCUACUCGCCAUUGAGGCUGUUUUGAUUGCCAGCGUCUUGUCAGAAAAUGAAGAUGCGAUACAACAUGCACUAUUGCGGGCAAGAGCGUAUAGAUACGGAAAUGAGGCUGUCAGAAGUGCUCCCUUCAUUGGUGGAACGUCCAAACGUCCAACUGCUUUUGACUUAAUCGUCAUCACUGAUUCGGAUAAAAAAGCGAGAAUAGAGAAGUACCAGUGGGAAGCGGUGAGAAGAAGGGGAACUUUGCUUUUGAGCCCUGAUUGGCAAGAAGCUCAAGUGGAAUGGAUGCGCAAAUCUGAUGUUCACAUACAGUCGUUAUACAGCUAUAAAGGAAGAGGCAUGGAAAUGUCAGAUUUAGUAAAGUUCAACGGUCACAUACUAGCCCCUGAUGACAAAACUGGAAUCAUCUUUGCAAUCGAAAAUGAUAAGGCAGUGCCUUGGGUUAUUCUUAGCUCUGGAUCUGGAAACUCUACACAGGGCAUGAAAAUAGAGUGGUUGACAUUAAAAGAUUCAAUACUGUACGCGGGAGGGCAUGGUCUUGAAUAUAGAGACGACGAUGGAAAUAUUGAAAACGAGGACAACAUGUGGAUCAAAACAAUUACAGAAAGGGGAGAGGUGCAGCACAUAGACUGGAGAAAUGAAUUCACAAAAGUUCGAAAUUUUGCGGGUUAUCCUGCUCCCGGCUACCUUACGCAUGAAGCAGUUCAGUGGUCUGAAACUCAUCAAAAAUGGUUUUUCCUUCCACGGAAGGCUUCAAAAACCAUAUACGAUGAGGAAGCUGAUGAAACAAAAGGGGCAAACAUCAUGAUCACCGCUGAUCCCACCUUUACAACGUUUGAAAAAAUCACGAUUGGCGAGCUCACUCCAGAUCGCGGCUUUUCGGCCUUUGUCUUCAUACCUGGCACGGACGACCAACUGAUAGUGGCUUUGAAAAGCAAGGAAGUUAAAGAUAUUACAGAGAGCUUUAUAACAGCUUUUGACAUUCGCGGUCAUGUUAUAUUGAAAGAACAAAAAUUAACGGACAAUUACAAGUUCGAAGGACUGUUUCUUGUAUGAUAUCAUAAAUGUACGUACUUUUCCU